AGGGUUUCUCGAAGAGACAUCCAGCGAUGAACGCGCUGAAAUAAACCGCAUUUCUCGCACGUUUGCACUCGCUCUUUCCACCUGACACCUAACUAUUAUUUGGUACAGCGUCUGGAGGCAUGACGGGGUGUUGAAAUUAGGGGCUUACGAAUCGCAGAAACUUCUAUAGACACAAGUGUAGCAAUUUGAAGGAUUGAAUGUCAGCAGAGUCAACCUGAUUGUUCUCUUUGAAAUAGAUAACAAGCAACUAUGGCACCAAAAAGAAGACCAGUCCCCUUGAUCAUAGCCCCCACAGGAGAAGGGCAGUCAACUAACAUAGAUGCAGCAUCAGAGGCCAACCUGGAGGCCUUGCAGAGGAAGUUAGGGGAGUUGGAUUUGGAUGAACAGCAGAGGAAGCGGCUUGAGGCUUUCCUCACCCAGAAAGCCCAAGUGGGCGAGCUCAAAGAUGAAGAUUUUGACCCCAUAUGUGAACUCGGUGCAGGUAACGGUGGGGUGGUCCACAAAGUCCGUCACAAGCCUUCAAGACUGGUCAUGGCCAGGAAGCUUAUUCAUUUGGAAAUCAAACCGGCCAUCAGGAACCAGAUUAUACGAGAGCUGCAGGUCCUACAUGAGUGCAACUCGCCAUACAUUGUGGGGUUUUACGGCGCCUUUUACAGCGAUGGAGAAAUCAGCAUCUGUAUGGAGCACAUGGAUGGAGGCUCUUUGGAUCAAGUGCUGAAGGAAGCCAGGAGAAUCCCAGAAGAAAUUUUGGGCAAAGUUAGCAUAGCUGUACUCAGAGGUCUGGCAUAUCUUCGGGAGAAACACCAAAUAAUGCACAGAGACGUUAAGCCCUCCAACAUCCUGGUGAACUCGCGCGGAGAGAUCAAACUGUGUGACUUUGGCGUGAGUGGCCAGCUCAUCGACUCUAUGGCCAACUCCUUUGUUGGAACACGGUCGUACAUGUCGCCGGAGAGACUCCAGGGCACACACUAUUCAGUUCAGUCGGAUGUGUGGAGCAUGGGCCUAUCACUGGUUGAGCUGGCUAUUGGACGCUUACCCAUCCCCCCUCCCGAUGCCAAGGAACUGGAGGCCAUAUUUGGCCGGCCAGUGCUUGACAAAGGUGGGGCAGAAGGCCACAGCAUGUCCCCGAGACAAAGGCCUCCAGGACGACCAGUUAGCGGACACGGAAUGGACAGCAGGCCAGCCAUGGCUAUAUUUGAGCUACUGGACUACAUUGUCAAUGAGCCACCUCCCAAGCUGCCCCAUGGCGUCUUCACCACAGAUUUUGAGGAGUUUGUGAUGAAAUGCCUCAUGAAGAACCCGGCUGACAGAGCUGACCUGAAGAUGCUAAUGGGCCACACGUUUAUCAAGCGGGCCGAGGUUGAGGAGGUGGAUUUUGCUGGAUGGAUGUGUAAAACCAUGGGCCUUCACCAGCCCAGCACACCCACUCAUAGUGCUGAAUGAACGCCGGCUCACAGCGUAGUCAACCAUGCCAUCCUUAUCCUCUGCUCUACUUCUCUCCUUUUUGCUCUCACAGGCCUGUAUGCUUGUAAGCCUCUGAGACACCGCUGUGCGCUCUUUUGCUGUUCUCUGCUUGCUCUUCCCUUCUGUUGCGGUGCAUUCUGGGGCAUUGUUUUAUGAGAGCUUCUGGUGUUGGAACACAGUCAUUUGAAUGAAUAUGGAGAUUAGAGUCACUUAAGUGGAGUGGCUAUAUUUUUAACAACCAC